CGGCCGGAGGAGCGGAGGAGGCGGGGGAAGGGGGACGCGGAGUGACCACCUCCUCCUCCCCGGGGGAGCGACGCAGCGCGGCGGCCACAGGGCGAUGUGAAGAUGGGUUCAGUGUUCGGGCUCCUGUGGCUGGUCACCGGCUUCCUGCAGGGAGCGCGCGGCCAGGGCGUGUACGCGGCUCCGACAGUCCGGAUCGUUCACUCGGGGCAGACCUGUAAUGUGGAGGAGGAGCGCUACAGUGAAAGAGUUUACACCAUCAGAGAAGGAGAGACGCUGGAGCUGCAGUGUCUGGUGACUGGACACCCCCGACCUCAGGUUCGAUGGACCAAGACGGCGGGCGGAGCGUCGGACCGGCCGGGCGACUCCUCGCUGCACAACGAGACGUUGAAGAUCGAGAAGAUCACCCGCCACCAGGGGGGGCGCUACUACUGCAAGGCAGAGAACGGGCUGGGGUCGCCUGCCAUCCGCUCCAUCCGAGUGGACGUUUACUACCUGGAUGACCCAGUGAUCACAGUGCAUCAGAGUGUAGGGGAGUCCAAGGAGCACUUUUAUUUUGAGAGGACGGUCUUCCUGCGCUGCGUGGCGAGCUCCAACCCUCCGGUGCUCUACACGUGGAGGAGGGGCCGCGAGGCGCUGUCUCAGGGGUCCGACUCCGGCGUGGAGAUCUACGAGCCGUUCUUCACACAGGGAGAAACAAAGAUCCUGAAGCUGAAGAAUCUCCGACCGCAGGACUACGCAGACUACACCUGCAGCGCCUCCGUCAGGAGCGUUUGUGGAAUCCCAGACAAGAACGCACACUUCAGUCUGAGCAACAGGACAGCUCCUCCUUCUAUCAAGCUGCAGGUGGACGAACCCCUGGUGGUGAACCCCGGGGAGACCGUCACUCUUGUGUGCGUGGCGUCGGGCGGAGACCCUCCCCCGACGCUGACGUGGCUCAGGCCGGGAGGGGAGGAGCUCCCCAAGAGGAGCGUCCUCAAGGGCGGCACGCUGACGAUUCCCGCCGUGACCGUGGAGGAUGGCGGCGCCUACAGCUGCAUGGCGGCCAACAACGUGGGAAACCCCGCCAAGAAAUCCGCCACCGUCCUGGUCAGAGGCCUCCGUAAAGGUCGCUUCUGGAUCACACCUGACCCGUACCACAACGACGACCACAUCCAGAUCGGCCGCGAGGUGAAGAUCAGCUGCCAGGUGGAGGCCACGCCCCCCGAGGAGCUGCAGUUCGACUGGCUGAAGAACGGGCGGCCGCUGCGCAGCUCGGAGCGAAUGGUGAUCACGCACGGAGACGGCGAGGCGGCGCCGGGGACCACCCACCUCGACAUCAUCGACCUCAAGUUCACCGACUUCGGCACCUACACCUGCGCCUCCUCGCUGCGGAGCGGAGGCAGCCCCGAGAUCAGCAUCGACGUCAACAUCUCCUCCACCACAGUUCCUCCGGAGCUCACCGUCCCCAGAGGCCGCUCUCAUCUCAUCGUCCAGGAGGGGGACACGGUGGACCUGCAGUGUCUGGUGUCGGGGAAACCCAAGCCCAUCAUCCUGUGGUCGCGGGUGGAGGAGAGCGGGUCGGCGGCGGCCGCGCCGCUGCUGAUGCCGGACGGCUCGCUGCAGACGGAGAGCUACGACGGCGUCCUGAGGAUCCACAACGUGAGCCGAGACAUGAGCGGAACGUACCGCUGUCAGACCAGCCAGUACAACGGAUUCAACGUGAAGCCACGGGAGGCCCUCAUCCAGCUGGUGGUGCAGUUCCCACCCGUGGUGGAGCCGGUGUACACGGAGGUCCGUCAGGCGCUCGGUCGCGCUUUCAGCCUGACCUGCCGACUCCUGCGAGCCCACCCGGCCCGCCUGCUGCGCUACGAGUGGAAGCUGGGCUCCCGCCUGCUGACGGUCGGUCAGUUCAGCGAUCAGAAAGACGACACAAACUACCAGGUCCGAGCUCUGAACCGGGAGGGCUACGGCGAGUACACCUGUGACAUUACCAACGAGGCCGGCGCCGGGCGCUGCACGUUCCUGGUUACAGGUAAGGCGUACCCUCCGGAGUUUUACUACGACACCUACAGCGCGCUGUGGCAGAACCGACCCAGAGUUUAUGGCUUCAAGCUGCAGUGGACUCAGAUGGAGCCCAACGCUGUGGACCGGAUCCUGGCCUACAGGCUGGGCCUCAGACAGAUGGGUCAGACCCGUUGGUGGGAGCAGGAGAUUCCCAUGGAGGGAAACAUCCAGAAGGGGGAGCUGUUGACCCACAACCUGACCGAGCUGGUCAAGCCCGAGUCCUACCUGGUCCGCCUUACCCCCAUCACCCGCUACGGCGAGGGAGACGCCACGGAGCGCGUCAUCACGUACAGCGCUCCUGUAAACCCACAUCUCAGGGAGUUCCAGUGUGGUUUCGAAGACGAAGCGGUGUGUUUGUUCUCUCAAGACAAAACGGACGAGUUUGACUGGACGCGUCACAGCGCCGCCACGCGAGACACCAAAUACACACCGAACACUGGACCCAGUACUGACCGCACCGGCUCCAAGCAAGGGUUCUACAUGUACAUCGAGACAUCGAGGCCUCGGCAGGACGGGGACAAAGCCCGCCUGCUGUCUCCCACCUUCAACAUGAAUUCAAAGGGCGGGAACAGCCCCGCCUACUGCUUCGCCUUCUUUUACCACAUGUACGGCAAACACAUCGGAGCUCUGAACGUCUACCUGAGGCAGAAAGGCCAGACCGUGACAGACGAGUCCGUUUGGAGUCUGACCGGUAACCAAGGAGACCGCUGGAGGCAGGCCAAGGUCAACAUCCACCCCACCACCGCCUUCCAGAUGGUGAUGGAGGGAGUCCGUGGCGCUGGAAUCGAGGGAGAUAUCGCCAUUGACGACGUCACCAUCGAGGAGGGUGAAUGUAAAGACCCGCCUCCCAACAAUCUGAGGUCGAUCGCCCCGCCACCCUCGCCCCAUAUAUGGCAGCUCUGCGUCACUCUGAGUCUGGCCUUGAUUUGCCGGCAAAGGUGACCCCACCCCCCCGUGGGACGCCUCCACCUUUGACCCCACCCUCACCACCCCACAUAUCAGCCUCAUGAUUUAUUCCUGCCCCCUGCAACUGAAGGUCCAGUGAGAGCUGCAGAGUGACUUCCUGCUCAGAACUUCACUCAGUAACACCACCAGGCGACGUUGAAAGGGCCACGGUCAUUUUAGUGUCAGCGUUGCCAUUAGCAGAGUUAGCACACUACACAUGACAGUGAAACCAAACAUGCUUGGUUUCAAAGAGUAAUGUAACUUUUUUUUUUUCUUUUCCACUAAUGGCGGUGACACAACACAACGCCGAGACCCACAGCUGAACAGCAGAUGGCAGCACUGCACUCAGUACUGCAGCAGUGAAGGCUAGCAACUUUACUGCUAGCAAAAUAAACUUGAGCGUGCAAGAAAGUUGAAAUGAGUUUGUGAAAACAUAGUGAAGACUGCAGAAGUAUUGUAACCACUUCACAUCAGUUAGGACAGAAACACUGUGCAGGAACAAGAUUUAAGAUUGCACUGAUUUUCUCAGAUGAAGCUUCAUAGUGAUUUUAGUAAAAAAAAGAAAAAGAAGAACAAAAUACUCAAUGUGAAGAUUGACAGAAUGCACUCAUACUUCUUUGCACUACAGCUCAGCCAAGAUGAGCUGUUUUUAUACUUUCAUGCUCUUCUUUUGCUGCUCGGUGGAGGUCACACUGAGCAGCAUGAAGUAAAAUUAGUUCGACUCUCUGAUUCUAACCCUCAGUCUAACAUUUAAAUACAGAUCUGUCAAAUGUUCCUGCACUGCAAAAGUAAAAAUGACAAUUUCUUCAGAUACGUUCUGCCAUAAAAGCCAACCUCAUCUUCAUAGGAUGAAACUUUGCCAGUUGAAAUUGAGCUGAAUGACUAAAUUGUGUAGAAGAGUAUAGAAGAGUAUAGAGGACCUAGUAUGGAGCCCUGAGGGACUCCUCUCUGUAAUGAACUGAAUGAAUGGAGCUUUCAGUGCAGCAGUGUCUGAAAAGAAGAGUACCCGAUUGAAUGUUCUUUGUCAUCCCUUCAACCAACCCAACCCCCCCCCCCAUAAUAUCACUUGUCACCCCCUAACUACCACGACAUGUCCCACCCCCCUCAAUCAGCAGUACUGUACCACCACAGGAUCGGCGCACUGCGGCUCCUCGUGUUUUUUUUUACAGCGAGAGAGCAGCUUUUUACCGGCGGUGUGUCGCUCUGUGAGAGUUCAGCCGCCACCACAUCAAGUGCCUUCAGACUCACAGAGGAGAGACAAAACCAGAGAGAGAGAGCGCCGGGCCGAGGGCCGCCAUCAUGGCCGCCACCAUCGACGCGGACGCACACAGUGAAAUCUCUCUGACCGACCAGAGAACAGAAAACCAUCGUCUGGUUUCCUUAUGCAGAGAAACACUUCCUUUAUUUUUCAUUUAUCAAGAUGAAACCGUUGGAUCGUGAGUAAAAAUAAAU